UUUUGGUUGCGCUGCUUUCGGACUCUGCUGAAGGAAGGAAUCAAGGAAGGAAGGAAGGAAGGAAGGAUCAUUUGUCCACGGACGUGCACGCUUCUUGCACCCGGCCAUGGCGCCCACGGCUCGGUUCGCGGGAGAGCGUUGAGGCCGAGCGCCAUGCAGUCUCUCUUCGGUGGCGAGCUGGGGCUGCUGGGAGGGGCCGGCGACGGCGGGGGCCUGAAGGAGGACGGCGUGGCGUGGCGCUCGCCGCCCCUGCCCGCCGACGACGUCUACUCGGCCUCCCACUUUGCCCUGAUCGCCGCCUACCAGGACAUCAAGACCCGGCUGGGCGGCCUGGAGCGCGAGAACAGCAGCAUCAAGCGGAAGCUGAAAAUCUACGAGAUCAAGUUCCCGAUGAUCAGCGAGUUCGGCGAGGACAGCAACUCCUACUGUUCCUUCGAGAGCAAGGAGACGGCGCUGCUGCACUCGGAGAACGACAGCCUGCAGCAGAGAAUCAACAUGCUGACACACGAGCUGCAGAAGAGGAAGGAGCGAGAGGAGCAACUGGAAGAUGUCAUCCAGGCCUAUGAGAAGAUCCACAUGGAGAAAGGAAACCUCCAGAGGGACCUGGACAAGAUGUCGGGCCUGGUGGAGAAGCACGUGGAGCGCAUCCUUGGCUUGGAGUCUGCACUCAGGCAGCGAGACAAUUCUCUACACAAACUCAACAUGCACCUGCACAGCAAAGACAUGCAGUACUUGCAGCUGCACGCUGGUGCUGAUGCACACAUGCUGGACUGUCCCGCCAUGACGCUGCAGAGCUCGCGCAGCCUGGACACGCUGUCCGACCUGAAGGUGCAGCGGCUGGAGGCGGAGCUAGAGGGGGCCCGCCAUGAGGCCCAGGGGGCGUGCCAGCGGGAGGAGGAGCUCAAGGCGCAGUGCGAGCGCCUGAAGGAGGAGCUGAGGCAGCUGCAGGGCGGCCAGCGAGACAGGGAGAUGUCGUCCCCGUGCAAGCAGUGCGACGUGGAGUGGAUCAAGAAGGUGGGAGACGAGCAGGUGAACUUGGCGCUGGCCUACACGGAGCUGACGGAGGAGUUGGGUCGCCUUCGAGCGCUGAGCUCCAAGCAGACUGAGAUCCUGAGGAAGGCGUCCCAGGACUCUGCUGGUCCGGUCCAGCUGCACUCUCCCAUCCAUCACCAGCGCCACUCGCCAGGAUCUCAGCGCCACUCGCCCAUCUCGCAGCGCCACUCUCCGGCUCCGCCCCCUCCUCACCACUCGCCCAUCCAGCAGCGGCGCUCCCCGGUGUUGCAGCGUCUGUCCCCCGACACGCACCGGCGCUCCCCCCUGCUGGACAUGGGCGACGGGCCGGCCUCGUACUCCUGCCGCCCGCCCAGUCAGCACCUGCGGGCCAGCUUCCAGGGCCGCCGCAGCUACUCGGAGGUGACCGACCCUUCGGCGUAUCACUGCCCGCCGCGCUUCUCCCUGGACCCGGUGUCCACCCUCCCCAAGCCCCGCCCUUUUGUGGAGGGCUACUCCAAACAGACGCAGCAGCACUCGUCUCAUCAGCACAGGGGGGCGUCGUCACCUCACCAAGACUCCCGAGAGACGCCCUUUCCUCUCUCCGAGGUGGCCCACCUGCGCUUCGAGCCGCCCCCGUGCUCCGCCCCGGCCCCGCAGCCGCUGCAGUCCUCCGAAGACGAGGAGGAGUGGACCUGUCCGCAUCCCAUCAGCCCGCCCAGGACGCUGGGGGUGCUCUCCGCUGCCGUGCCCGGCGGCGCCAUGAGGGGUCCGGCGUCCUGCUCGGCCUUCCCCGCGUCCGCCCAGUGCCCCAACGCCAUGGGCUGCCGCCCCCAGCCCGGCUACAUAUCUGCCGAGCACGCUCAGUCGUGGCCGUCCAUCAACCUCUGGAUGGAGACGGAGGAGAGCGACGUGCGCAGCUGCCCCCUGUGCCAGCUGAUGUUCCCGGUCGGUUACCCCGACGACGCCCUCAUCAAGCACAUUGACUCCCACCUGGAGAACAGCAAGAUCUGAUCGCCGCGGCAACCGGGCUUGGGACCAGAGGUUUGAACAACGGGGGAAUCGAUCGGCGACGUGCGCGAGAUGACCGCUUUGUAAAGUACCGCUGCACGGGUCCAUCUUGGCGUCGUGAGUCUCGUCAACGUGCUUUUUGUUUGCUUAUUCCUUCCUUUCGCUUCCGUUCUCGUAUUUGACGCUCGCGGCUCUGCAUGUCGCUGUGGGCCCCGGGCCGGGCGCCGUCACGCUUCCAGCCUGAAAGACUCCUCCGCCCCCGGGAACCGGAACCGGAGCCCCGAACGGAGACGGCGGGACAUGAAGCGUGCGUUUCCACGGCAACUCGAGCAUGCAACGUUUAGCGGGGACAUUGCCACCUUUAUGCUUGCUCUUCUAACGUAGCUUAGCAAUUUACGCUGGCUCACACCUGACACUAUUUAUCAGUUCUUCUAGCCAAACGAGGACAUUUUUGUCACACCCUGUACAUAAACACACGCCGGGAGUCUUCCUCAAGCAAGUAGGCCACAUGGACAAAAGUAUCGGGACAUCACGUCUAAUCAAUCAAUGACAAGUUAACUGUCUCUCGACCAAUUUUAGGUCCACACUAGAGAUGUCCGAUAAUAUCGGACUGCCGAUAUUAUCGGCCGAUAAAUGCUUUGAAAUGUAAUAUCGGAAAUUAUCGGUAUUGGUUUCAAAAAGUAAAAUGUAUGACUUUUUAAAACGCCGCUGUACGGAGUGGUACACGGACGUAGGGAGAAGUACAGAGCGCCAAUAAACCUUAAAGGCACUGACUUUGCGUGUCGGCCCAGUCACAUAAUAUCUACGGCUUUUCACACACACAAGUGAAUGCCAAGUCAACAGCCAUACAGGUCACACUGAGGGUGGCCGUAUAAACAACUUUAACACUGUUACAAAUAUGCGCCACACUGUUGAACCCACACCAAACAAGAAUGACAAACAAAUUUCGGGAGAACAUCCGCACCGUAACACAACACAAACUCAACAGAACAAAUACCGAGAACCCCUUGCAGCACUAACUCUUCCGGGACGCUACAAUAUGCACCCCCCCCCGCUACGCCCUACCCUAACUCCGCCCCACCCACCUCAAACUCCUCAUGCUCUCUCAGGGAGAACAUGUCCCAAAUUCCAAGCUGCUGUUUUGAGGCGUGUUAAAAAAAAAUAAUGCACUUUGUGACUUCAAUAAUAAAUAUGGCAGUGCCAUGUUGGCAUUUUUUUUUCCCAUAACUUGAGUUGAUUUAUUUUGGAAAACCUUGUUACAUUGUUUAAUGCAUCCAGCGGGGGCAUCACAACAAAAUUAGGCAUAAUAAUGUGUUAAUUCCACGACUGUAUACAUCGGUAUCGGUUGAUAUCGGAAUCGGUAAUUAAGAGUUGGACAAUAUCGGAAUAUCGGCAAAAAAAGCCAUUAUCGGACAUCACUAGUUAAGACCCUCUAAAACACGGGUGCCCAAACUUUUUCCACUGAGGGCCACAGACUGACGGAUUAAAGGACGCAGGGGCCACACCUACUCUGCGGCCUGGUGGUUAGAGUGUCCGCCCUGAGGUCGGUAGGUUGUGAGUUCAAACCCCGGCCGAGUCAUACCAAAGACUAUAAAAAUGGGACUCAUUACCUCCCUGCUUGGCACUCAGCAUUAAGGGUUGGAAUUGGGGGUUAAAUCAACCAAAAAAAUGAUUCCCGGGCGUGGCCACCGCUGCUGCUCACUGCUCCCCUCACCUCCCAGGGGGUGAACAAGGGGAUGAAUCAAAAGCAUAGGACACAUUUCACCACACCUAGUGUGUGUGUGACAAUCAUUGGUACUUUAACUUGAACAUAUUGGUAGUUUUCACCUUCAAAAUCAGUAAAAAGAACUAUAAAAUGCAAUAUUGGUAGAAAUGUAAUGUCAAUGAUGCAGAGCCAUAGAUGAACUAAAAUGCUAACAGUUAGCACCGUGGCCAGUUAGCGUCAAGUGACAAAAAUAUGAGCUAAAUAGACUAAAAAAUGAAAAAAAGUGUUGACACAUACAGAUAGAAAAUUUCCUUCAGGGGGAGAAGGGUGUUAAAAAAAAUUCCAUCCCCUUGGGGGGCGUGACAGACAACAUUGAGAUUCACUGCCC